UCACGUGGUUGACAUAUAUUCCACCAAUCAACGACCAACGUCCAAAUAAGACAUAACCAAACUACAAUUUUGAGAAAUGGCCGACGAUAAAGAAGUUGAGAAAACGAUCGCCGAAGACUUGGUCGUGACCAAGUACAAGUUAGCUGGACAAAUUGUAAACCGCGUCCUAGAACAAGUAAUUGCAAAAUGCGUACCUGACGCUAGCGUUCGAGAUAUUUGCGAAUACGGCGACAAAUUAUUAUUAGAUGAGACAUCUAAAGUAUUCAAAAAGGAAAAAGAUUCCAAGAAGGGCAUUGCAUUUUCGACUUGUGUCUCAGUAAACAACUGUAUAUGUCACUUUUCGCCUAUUCCUAGCGAAACUGACUAUAUACUUAAACAGGGAGACCUUGCGAAAAUAGAUCUUGGUGCACACAUAGAUGGCUUUAUCGCCGUGGUGGCACAUACAGUGUUUAUUGGUGAUGGAGAAAUCACAGGGCGUGUGGCAGAUGUAUUACUUGCAGCCCAUCAAGCAAGCGAAGCCGCCUUGAGGUUAUUAAGACCAGGAAAUGAGAACUAUGCAAUUACAGAUGUUGUUCAAAAGAUUAGUGCAGAAUAUGGCUGCAAACCCAUUGAAGGUAUGCUUUCCCACCAACUUAAACACUUCCGUAUUGAUGGAGAAAAAAGUAUCAUUCAGAAUCCGACUGAGGCACAAAGGAAAGAGCAUGAAAAGGCAACCUUUGAAACAUAUGAGGUAUAUGCCAUGGACGUCUUAGUGUCUACCGGAGAAGGAGUGGGCCGUGAGAUGGACACCAGAUGUACAAUUUAUAAGAAAACAGAUGAAAUCUAUCAGCUUAAGCUUAAGGCUUCAAGAAUGUUCUACAGUGAGGUUCGUAACAAACAUGGAUCAAUGCCAUUCAAUCUGAGAAGCUUUGAUAAAGAAACGAGUGCAAGACUGGGUCUUGUUGAGUGUGUUAACCACAAGCUGAUCGAACCUUUCCAAGUUUUGUAUGAACGGCCGGGAGAAUUGGUGGCACAGUUCAAAUUUACUGUCCUACUCCUGCCCAGUGGAACACAUCGUAUUACUGGUUUGCCUUUCGAUAAGAAUAUGUGCAAAACUGAGCGCACUAUCAAGGACCCUGAACUUAAUGCCCUCCUCAACUCCUCUGCAAAAUCAAACAAGAAGAAGAAAAAGAAAGUCGGAGCAGAAGAAGCAAUGGAAGUUGAAAUAGCUGCCUAACAAUUGGCUAGCCACUGCCCUGUGGAUUUUGCAAUACAAAGCUUUUAAAACAGACUAUAACUGGACACAAUAGUGAAAAUUUUAUUAAAGAUAUGCCCUAGCUUUAGCUAAACUGACAAUUCUCACAGCCUUUUGAACCAAGUUUUUAAUUAUUACACAGUUUUUUUUUCUAUACUAUAUAAGUAUUGUUAGGUGUGUCUGUUUUUACAAAAUUAAAUCAAUUGUCCUUUUUUUCAACUUCAACAGACAUAUCUUUAAAAUUUUGAAUGUUCACUUUAGGUGUCCUGUCAUCUGCAUUCCCUGUUAUUCAAAUUUAUAACUGUAAAUAAUUGACCCAUGUUACAUGCUAAAAAUCGUCUCACAUUGUUUUCGGGCACAAAAUUUUAUGUAUCUGGUGAAUGAUUGUGAAAUGGAUAAGGUAAAAUAAUUGAAUAAUUCUGCACGAUGAAUUUAUAAAUACCACACAACCUACUACAGUACUGAUUUCAUUCAACAUCUUAGUUUAGUUUUCCUUGUGUCAUUUUCCUAACAUUACAUUUUUGUUAGCUCCAUAAGUAUUGAAUGUUGCAGAUUGUGCAUAUCUAUAAAUCAUCAAAAUUUAAGUUCAAAUAUUUAUGGAACAAACUAAUUCCUCUUAAUUGUAAAUCCUGUGACAUUUGAGAAACUAUUAAAUCAGAACUGCCACAACUGUGGACUGUUUUUGUAA